UUGUGGAUACGUGGAGGAGAAGAGAAAAUGGGAGACAGAGAAGCUCUUUCUUUCCCGUAUAAGGGCGUGGACUUUUGGGGGAGAUUGAGAAUUGAGAUCCACGAAACCCAAAAGCGAAACUAACCAACCAGAAUCAUCGUUGGAAGUAUAACAGACACAUAACAAAAAGGUCUUGCUUUGGAGACAAAGCGAAUGGUAAGCGGUGGAAAUGGAAAGGAAGAUCAAGCACCACCCUCGACGGCGGCGCGUCCCAGAAUCACUCUCCCGCCACGCGCUUCCACCGAACGUAUCUUCGACGGUGGGCCCACCGUGGGGUUUAGCCCUGGUCCCAUGUCUCUGCUUUCCAGCUUCUUUGGCGACAACGAUGAGUGCAAGUCUUUCUCGGAGCUACUUGCCGGCGCCAUGGUGGACCCCACUACACCCUCACACAUGCCCAGGCUCAGCCCCGCCAGUUUCCUCGAUUCACCUCCCCAGGGGCACUUUGGAAUGACACAGCAGCAGGCACAAUCACUGGUGUCAGCUCAGGCUGUAGAAGCCCACUCCAAUAUGCAAAUCCUAGCUGAACAUCCAUUCUCUAUGUCAGUAAUGCAUACUACCUCAUUCACACAGGUUCCUAAAUCUACUUCCAGCACUGCACAACAGCAUAUACCACCCUCAAUGCAAGAAUCCCUUAAUUAUUCUCACUCUGAACAAAAAUUGCACUCAUCUUCUGUGAACAUUGAUAAGCCUAAUGAUGAUGGCUACAACUGGAGGAAGUAUGGGCAAAAACAUGUGAAAGGUAGUGAAUUUCCUCGAAGUUAUUAUAAGUGCACACAUCCAAAAUGUCCUGUUAAGAAAAAGGUUGAGCGGUCUCUUGAGGGUCAUGUAACUGCAAUUAUUUAUAAAGGAGAACACAAUCAUCAAUGUCCUCAUCCCAACAAGCUCACAAAGGACACCUUAACAUCAAAUGAAAAUUCAAAUACGUUGAGAGAAGAGACGAAUUCUCAUUCAAUGUCGAAGGUUGAUAUAGAAUCUAGUCAAGCAACAGCUGAACGUGCGUCAGGAACAAGUGAGAGUGAGGAAGUAGGUGAUCAUGAAACUGAAGGAGAUGAGAAAAAUGAUGAACCUGAUCCCAAGAGAAGAAAUGCAGAAGUCAGGGUCCCAUAUACAGCCUCUGUACAUAGAACUGUCACAGAACCUAGAAUCAUUGUGCAAACAACAAGUGAAGUGGAUCUCUUGGACGAUGGAUAUAGAUGGCGCAAAUAUGGGCAAAAAGUUGUCAAAGGCAACCCACACCCAAGGAGCUAUUACAAAUGCACAACCCAAGGUUGCAAUGUUCGGAAGCAUGUUGAGAGGGCCUCAAUGGAUCCUAAAGCUGUGAUAACAACAUAUGAAGGAAAACAUAAUCAUGAUGUGCCACCAGCGAAGACGAAUAGCCACGCUAUGGCCUCACAACCAGACGCACAAAAUGCCAUACCCGAGAAGCAUGGUUUCAACAGCAGAGGUGUUGGGGGCAAUGAGCAGCACUCUGUCGCAAGUUUAAGGUUGAAGGAAGAGAAGAUAAAAUAGUUUUCCUAGUUUAAGGUUGGAAGAACAAGUAUAAUCUAAAGAAUUUGCCCUCCUUUGGAAAGCAUGAGUCACAAAUCCCAACUCACGAGUCAUCUUUACUUCAACGUUCAAUGCAUUCAUUCGAGUAUGAGGCCAAAGUUUUUACCAAGGCCUAUAUUAGUCCAAUUCCCACAUACAAAGAGUAGAAUAGUUCUAAAUUCUUCUCUUCCACCCCAAUUCGAUCACGAUGAAAUAUAAGGAGAAAAAAAAAUAAUUUGAAGAACUUGGCAGCGUGAACAACGGUUUUGGAUGAUGGUGUACUAAUUGCAUCUUAAUUAUGUGUACAUUGAAAAUAUGGAAGUUAUGUUGUUUGUUGUUUCUUGAAGUGAUUUAUUACUUUUGAUAUUGUGAUCGAGAAUGUGACAAUAUUUUAUCGUAUAAUAAAUCUUGAAAAAAUCAUCAUAUU